AUGGCUCACACUCUUCAAAUCGUCACAUCUGUCUUCCUUCGAUGUCGUCCCAUCUGGAGUGUGCUCUCUCCCAUCUUGGAGUCAGGCGACGCCAACAUCACAGUUGGAGGUUCGCGUGACGAUACCUAUGAUAUGGCAACCUAUGUCCUCGCCGUAGGCCCUUUGCUGGAUGCCGUGCUACACACAUUAGUUCUCACUCCUUCGGCCAUUGAAGAAGCCACCAGACAAGCCACCCUAACUCGUAUCGAAGAGUUCACCUCAGCACACGGAAAUGGUUCUAGAUAUCGUCAUUUAGCCAUCGUUUUAUUGAACUCGGAUACUGCAUUCCAAAAAGCAGACAGUCGCUGCACAAUAGACGCAUUUGUGGCUUUACAGGCUCUUCUUUUCGACUCCCCUUCGGCCAUGGACUUGCCGAUCAUCAUGCUAGCCGAACCCGAUGAACUGUUAACAUCGCUCAAAGAGCAUUACUUUGCUAUUCAGAGAAUCAUCAACCAGCCCCGCGACAUAAGUUUUAUAUCAAUGUCAAACUCUACACUAUAUUUACUUGAGCAGAUUGUAGCUCGAGGGUCUGAUCAGCUUGCCUGUCAACCAAAUGUGAACAUUCUGAGUGAUCUAUUUCCAUCGCUCCGUGCUCUGAGUGCUGCAUCAAGGACUGUAGAGGGGCGUCAUCUGAUUGCAGAGUAUCUCGACGAUCAACUUGCGAAACAUAUAGUUUCGAUUUGGAAUGAGGAUAGGAUUUGUGGUUGA